AUGGAGCUGGUGAUCUCGGUGCUGGAUGUGAACGACAACGCGCCCGAGUUCAACCAGACUGUCUACAAAGUGGAGCUAGUGGAGAGCGCUGCAGAGGGGACACUGGUGGCGCGCGUGAUUGCGACGGAUCCAGAYGAGGGCAUUAACAGCGAAGUGAGUUACAAAGCCACGCACUUCCUGCCACAACAUGGAAAAGAUCUUAUUAGCGUGAAUUCAAACACGGGAGAGAUCACGCUGAGGGCCCCUCUGGACUUUGAAGAGGCCGACGUUUUCGAUGUCCGCGUAGAGGCAAGAGAUAAGGGUACWCCUCCKUUAACUGGUCACUGUCAUGUGGAGUUGAAGGUGUUGGACGUGAACGACAACGCGCCGGAGGUGCGGGUGACGUCGCUGUCGGUGCCGGUGGCCGAGGACGCGGCGCUGGGGACGGUGGUGGCGCUGCUGAGCGUGUCGGACCGUGACUCGGGGUCGAACGGKCGCGUGCGGUGCACGGUGUGGCCGYCGUCKCCGUUCGGUGUGGUGUCGACGUUCGAGGGCUCGUACUCGCUGGUGCUGCGUGAGGCGCUGGACCGGGAGCGUGUGUCGGAGUACGAGGUGGAGGUGCGUGCGGAGGACGGCGGGACGCCGCCGCUGCGSGCCAGGCGSGCCCUGCGKGUGCCGGUGUCCGACGUGAAYGACAACGCGCCGUCGUUCGCGCAGGCCGUGUACACGGUGCUGGCGCGRGAGAACAACGCGGCGGGCGCGGAGCUGGCGCGUGUGUGGGCGCGGGACCCGGACGAGGCGGGCAACGGGCGCGUGAGCUACUCGUUGUGGGAGGGCGCGUCGAUGUGGGCGUCGGGGUCGCGGUCGGCGUCGAGCUACGUGUCGGUGGACGCGGAGAGCGGUCGUGUGUGGGCGCUGCAGCCGUUGGACUACGAGGAGCUGCAGGUGCURCAGUUCGAGGURCGCGCRGUGGACGCGGGGGAGCCGUCGCUGAGCGGCAACGCCACGGUGCAGCUCUUCGUGGUGGACGAGAACGACAACGCGCCGUCGCUGCUGCCGCCUGCGGGSGGCGGCGCGGGGCCCUGGUCGAUCGGCGCGGCGGGGUCGCCGCCGUCGCAGUCGUCGUCAGAGUGGUCGCUGUGGGCGUGGGCGUCGUGGGGUUCCCCGGCGGGGCAGGUGGUGGCGAAGAUCCGCGCGGUGGACGCGGACUCGGGCUACAACGCGUGGCUGCGCUACGAGCUGCAGGAGGCGCGGGGCAAGAGCGCGUUCCGCGUGGGUCUGUACAGCGGCGAGGUGAGCACGGCGCGGGCGCUGGAGGAGGCGGACGGCCCGCGGCAGACGCUGCUCAUCGUGGUGCGGGACCACGGCGAGCCGGCGCGCUCGGCCACGGCGACGCUGAGCGUGUCGCUGGGCGAGGGCGCGGAGGCGGCGCUGGCGGCGGGCGCGGGUCCGUCGGGCUCGUUGUUGCGGGCGGCGUCGGGCGUGGAGGGCGGCGCGUCGGCGUCUGCAGCGACGACGAACGUGUGGCUGGUGGUGGCGAUCUGCGCGGUGUCGAGCGUGUUGGUGCUGGGCGUGGUGCUGURCGGGGCGUCGCGGUGGGCGCCGCGGGCGUCCGUGCUGUCGGGUGCCGCUCCGACGACGCUGGUGUGCGCCAGCGAAGUGGGGAGCUGGUCGUACUCGCAGCGCCAGAGCCGGAGCGUGUGCGUGGCGGAGGGCGCGGGCAAGAGCGACCUCAUGGUUUUCAGCCCCAACUUCCCGCUGCCCGCGGGCUCUGCGCCGCCUCAGGAUCCCAGCGCUCUCCUGGACACGGUCAGUGGCACUUUCCUUUCUGGCGUUUCUCAUCUCUGGAUCCGCAAAGAGUUGUGUUAG